AUGAAAGUAGUUUUGGAGGAGGAGGUGGGCUUGGAGAGGCAAUUGAAAAGAACGAGUAGGAAUUUCAAUAGUUUGAAGAGGGGGAGUAGGGUUCUCGGGAGUGGCCCAACGAGUCCAACGGCUGCGAGCACAACUACGAGCGGUGCCUUGACAGGAGAAGAUGAGCUGAGAACCCCGACUGCGUUGGGAUACUAUCUAGAUCCUUCGGUUCUGCCAGAGGGUUUAUCCACCACAAGUGAAGGUGAUAGAGAAGACAGAGAGGAUACUGACGACGUAGAAGAUGAAGACGAUAACUUAGAAGACGACGACGACGAAGAUGAAUUUUUCGACGCCAUUGAGGCAAACAAUAUUCCGAACUUGGUCGUACCUGCUCAGUUACAGCAAACAGCACCAACGUCAUUAACCUCCAAUCCACUUUCGAAUGUGUUUAUCUCCUCUGUCACUUCUACUUUUGCCUCAUCUCCUUUCGCCUCCUACUCCCCUUACGCCCACCUCCGCGCUUCUCUCCCCAUUCGUGCCGAACGACCUGCAACCUCCCUUUGGUCCGCGCUCAAAAAUAGUAUCGGAAAAGACCUCACAAAGAUCUCGUUCCCUGUCUAUUUCAACGAGCCGACGAGUAUGUUGCAGAGGAUGGCUGAGGAUAUGGAGUUCUCAGAGUGUUUGGACAUCGCCUCCUCAACUCCCUCCCCGCACCUCCGGAUAGCUUACAUCGCUGCGUUCGCAAUGUCGAAUUAUAGUUCCACAAUCGGGAGGAUCGCGAAGCCGUUCAAUCCGAUGCUUGGCGAGACGUUUGAGUAUAAACAAGGCAAACAGGGGUACAGAUACGUAUCUGAGCAAGUCAGCCAUCAUCCUCCCAUCAGUGCAUGUUGGGCAGAAAGAAGGACUGGGUGGAGAUACUACGGUGAAGUCGACGCUCAAAAUAAAUUCAUGGGUAAGAGCUUUGAAAUUCGACCUACGGGAGUUGCACAUGUGCAGCUAAGGAUUCCCAAGGCGUGGGUGACUGGUAAGUUACCCUUGGUGCGGGACGAGGAAGACGGUGGAGAAAUGGUGCUAGAACAUUACACGUGGAAAAAAGUCACAACAAAUGUAUCAGGCUUUAUCCUGGGGUCACCCACUAUAGAUCAUUAUGGCGAUAUGGUUAUCAAAAACCACCUCACAAACGACCAAUGUGUACUCACAUUCAAGCCUCGAGGAUGGAGAGGGAAGGACGCCUAUGAAAUAGCCGGUCAAGUCGUUUCCUCACAAGGGUUUGUCGUGUAUGAGAUUGCCGGAAAGUGGGAUUCGCAGCUCGUCAUGCGUCCUGCGGGAAAUGGCGGACUAUAUGGAUCUGGCAGUGGAGGUCCUAGAGGUCCUGGAUGUGCACCAACGCGGGAGACUUCCAAUACUGACAUUACGCUUAACCUUGACAAUACAAACUCCCCACCUACACAACAGUACAUCCUCCUCUGGCGGAACACUCCAAAACCAUCAGGGACGCCGUUUAAUCUUACGCCGUUUGCUCUCACAUUGAAUGACCUCCCAACUCUACCGACAACUUCUACAGAAAUCUCAACGCGAUCUUCCGAGGUCCGCUCACUGAGAACCUACCUCCCACCAACUGACUCCCGCCUCCGACCUGAUCAACGAGCGUUCGAGAUGGGGUUGUGGGAUUUAGCAAAUGUAUUGAAGGGCCAGCAGGAGGAGAAACAGAGAGCUACGAGGAGGAGAAAGGAAAAGGAGAACGAAGGAGCGACACAUCGUCAUCAGCCGAGGUGGUUUGUUGCAGAGACGGAUGGGGAUACAGGGGAGAGGGUCUGGAUGCCUUUGAGAGUUGUAACUGAGGAAGACAAUAAGAAAAGGGCAUUAGAGUAUUGGGUGGAGAGGGAAAGGGUUUGGAAAGAAAUACAGGAAGGGAAGGCAAAAUGGAGGGGCGUCGAGGAUAUAUUUGUUGAUGAGCCCGAUGAGAUGAGAAAGGUUGAUUAUUAG